AUGUUCAACAAGAUCAUCAAGAGGGGGAACCGCAAGGGUGCGCGCGGGGACAGCGCGGAGCCCGCCGCGCGCCCCGCAGCGCCCUCGUCGUCCUCCGGGAGUGGCGGCGGCGGCGGCGCGGGGGGAGCCGCGCCCGUCACCGUCAACCAUGCCUCCCGGGCCACAGCGCCUUCGCCGUCCUCGCCCACCUCGCCGCACGUCGCGCCGUCCGCGCUCGCGACCAACCAGGCGGCAGGGGCGGCGUCGCCGCCACUCCUCGAGCCGCUCCCGCUCCUCCGCGACGUCGCCGCCGCAGACCGCCCGGGCCUCCUCCUCCGCAAGCUCCGCCUCGUCGCCGCGGUCUUCGACCUCUCGGAUUCGCUCAAGCACCCGCGGGAGAAGGAGGCCAAACGCCAGGCGCUCCUCGAGCUCGUCGAUUACGUUCAGGCUCCAGCUCAGGCCGCGGGCGCCAACGCGCAAACGCGCCUCCCGGACCACGUCCAGGAGGCGCUCGUCGCCGCCAUCUCUGCCAACAUCUUCCGCCCGCUGCCACCCGCGCUGCACGAGUCCGCCGCCGCGAUCGACCCCGGCGCUGCGCCCGACGAGGAGGAGGAGCCAUACCUCGACCCCUCCUGGCCACACCUCCAGCUCGUCUAUGACCUCCUUCUCCGAUACGUUGUUUCGCCCGACACCGACACCAAGGUCGCCAAGCGGUAUGUGGACCACGCCUUCGUCCUCCGCCUCCUCGACCUCUUUGACUCCGAGGAUCCGCGUGAGCGGGAGUACCUCAAGACCGUGCUCCACCGAAUCUAUGGCAAGUUCAUGGUACACCGACCAUUCAUCCGCAAGGCCAUCAACAAUGUGUUCUACCGCUUCAUCUUUGAGACACAGCGCCACAAUGGCAUAGGGGAGCUCCUUGAGAUCCUUGGAAGCAUCAUUAAUGGCUUUGCCUUGCCAAUGAAGGAGGAGCACAAGCUAUUCCUUGCCCGUGCUCUCAUACCCCUGCACAAGCCUAAAUCUGUUGCGAUCUACCAUCAGCAGCUGUCCUAUUGUAUUGUUCAGUUCGUUGAGAAGGACUACAAAUUAGCAGAUACAGUGAUUAGGGGUCUGCUCAAGUACUGGCCAGUUACAAAUUGCCAGAAGGAGGUGGUGUUUCUGGGGGAGCUUGAAGAAGUGCUCGAGGCAACACAGCCUGCAGAGUUCCAGCGGUGCAUGGUGCCACUCUUUAAGCAGAUUGGCCGAUGCCUUAACAGUUCCCACUUCCAGGUAUGUCUUUAA